GGCACUGAUGUGGCAGAUUAGGCACUUGGCCCAAAUUGUCUGCCCUUUCUAUUGUGUAAAUUUGUUGCAUCUAACUUUAGCUAGAGGUUGGGUUUAAGGCUAAGGAUAUCCAUUGCAAGGAUCACAUUCCUUUGACAUCCAGCCAACAAACGCUCUACGCAUCACAAUGUCUCUGAUGGAUUUCACCACUAUUUUGGUACUUGUAGGACUGGUUUGGCCGUUCAUUUAUCUGUACCGAACCAUCUUCACCAUGAAACCGCACCACAACACACCACCGGGUCCUCCAGGCUUACCGAUUAUAGGUCACCUCCACAUUUUAGGAAAAUUUCCUCACCGUACUCUCUGCAAACUGUCCCAAAAAUAUGGUCCCAUAAUGUCCCUCCGCCUUGGUUCUGUUCCUGCCAUAAUCGUCUCGUCUCCUAGUACUGCCGAGCUCUUCCUCAAGACCCAUGACACCGUUUUUGCUAGCCGUCCCAAGUCUCAUUCCGCUUAUUACUCAUUCAAUGGCACAAAAGCAAUGGGAUUUAGUGAUCAAUAUGGGCCUUAUUGGAGGAGUGUGAGAAAGUUUUGCACAUUGGAGUUUCUCAGCGCCUCAAAGAUCGACUCUAUGGCUGGGCUGAGAAGCGAGGAGCUGAGGUUGGCGGUCAAGUCAUUAAAACAAGAUGCAGAGAAACAAGUGAUAGUCGAUGUUAGUGAAAAAGUAACACGUCUGAUAGAAGACAUGACUUGUGGAAUGUUGUUAGGCAAGAGCAGACACAAAAGGUUUAACUUAAGCGAGAUUCUGCACCAAUUGGCAGAGGUUAUGGGAGCCUUCAAUAUUGCAGAUUAUGUCCCAUUUUUACAAGCACUUGAUCUCCAGGGACUAACUCGCCGGCUCAAAGUUACUAGCAGAGCAGCAGACGAAGUCUUGGAAACUAUCAUUGAUGAUCAUGAGCACGACGCAUCCAAUGAGGACAAAAAACUUAAUAGGGAUUUCAUCGAUGUCAUUCUAUCUUUGAGAAAUAACCCCACAAGUACUCAUGAGCAUUUAGCGCAGAACAUAAAUCGAUCAAACAUCAAAGCCAUCCUGUUAGACAUGCUUUUUGCAGGUAUUGACACCUCCCAAACUGCAAUUGAGUGGACCUUGUCAGAACUUUUACGGCAUCCAAGGGUGAUGAAGCUAGUUCAACAAGAAAUUAAAAAGGUCAGAGCAGAUUGCGAAUUUGUGGAAGAGUCAGACUUGUCAGAACUUCAUUACCUAGAUAUGGUAGUCAAGGAAAGCAUGCGAUUACAUCCUGUGGCACCCCUAUUAGUACCUCAUGAGUCGACAACAGAUGCUGUGGUUGAUGGAUAUUACAUACCAAAGAAAUCGCGCAUUCUCAUCAAUACUUGGGCCAUAGGCCGGGACCCUGGAAUUUGGUCUGAAAACGUCGAAGAAUUCCUUCCAGAGAGAUUUGCAGGCACCGACAUAGAUCUCCGGGGAAAAAGUUUUCAACUUAUACCAUUUGGCUCAGGCCGGAGAGGCUGUCCAGGUAUACACUUGGGCCUAAUUAACAUAAAAUUGGUAGUAGCUCAGUUGGUACACAGCUUUGAUUGGGAGCUACCUCCUGGCAUACUGCCUAAUGAGUUGAAUAUGGAUGAAUCUUUCGGUCUGACGGUGCCAAGAGCAGAGCAUCUCCUAGCCAUACCCAGUCUACGGCUACCAUAAGUUCCACUGAUCAUCAUUACAUGUUAUUCUGAAUGUGAUCCCUGAGCACUAAAAUGAACGUUGCAUCUUAAAAAUAUAAAUUAUAUUAACAGCUAUAUGAGUAUUGAGUUGACGUUCUUGUUAGAGCAUGUAUGAACAUCUCCAACAUAUUAGCUCUAUAUCAUAUAGAGCUAAUAUGAUUAGUUACCGAUGUAUUCUAGUAACAAAUGCAUGGAUUAUAUAAUUAUUGGGCCCUUAAAUUUUUUGAUCCUGAGCGGUUGACCU